AUGGGAUCAGACUCUGAGGAAGAAAUAUUCGAGGUUGUGAGGGAAGUAGAAGCAGCCGCAAAGGCGCCGCAAAGGAAGGCUAAGUCUACCGCAACAAAAACUAAGCCAACCGCAGAUAAGUCGCAAACUGAACAUAGAAGGAUUAUUCCUUCUAUGUUCAGUUUGCGACUUAUCUGCGGUUGGCUUAGUUUAUAAGACCGCAAGUUUCAUAAGAAAGUCCAACAAAGAUGUUAUAGAUAGACUUUACAGUGAGUAUGAGAGUCAGAGGAUGUCAUGCGCAAGUGACUUCUUAUCAACACUUAUUAUCUCAAAGUUUGCUUCCAUACUAGGAAGUUUUAAUGCGGUGGAAUCUUCUGAGAAGCUGUCAGAGGAACUACUUAGUGAUAAGCUUUUAAAGGAUGACGUAUGUUAUUUAACUAGAAUGAUAUCCCCAACAUUCCAUUCAUUGGUCUCAUAUCAGGUGGAUGCACAACAGCUAAGCACGUGGUUGCUCACAAGUGGAAUAAGAAGGGAAAGACUGAGGAAAUAUCUGAGGAAGCAAAACAUAUUCUAUUACAUAGUGAAGAAGAAUGUCAGACCACGAGUGGGAGAACGCCUGGGAAGGAACAGAGUUCGAAGAUAUAA